UUUAAAAAGUAAACCGCGGAGAGGACAGCGCAGCAAGGCCGAUAGGCAGUGAUUGUUUCUCAUGUUUGCGGUAGUAAAUAGAGUGUGUGUGAAAUAAAAUAUACGACACAGAGAAUGGAUUCCAGUUUAGCUGGAAGGCCGGAGAGAGUGGGACCAGUGGAAGUGGGGGACAUAAAGAAGGACCUGCUGGCUGAGUUUUCUGCCAUGCCAACACAGGACGACGCUCAGGAGCAGUCGGAGAACCUGCAGGUUUACCUGAGGGUUCGACCCUUUACUGCAGCCGAGAGCGGCAGCAGAGAGGCACAGGACUGUGUGACCAUCGAGGGGCCGGACACUGUGGUCCUCAAGCCUCCCAGGAGCUGCCAGUCAAACCGACAGAGCGACAAGUCCCUCCCACAAACGGCCCAGAGGUUCACCUUCACGCAGGUGUUCGGUCCGGAGGCGAGUCAGAGGAAGGUGUUCGAGGGCUCCGUUCGGGGUUUGGUCCGAGACGUUCUGCAGGGAGGAAACUGUCUGGUUUUCACGUACGGAGUCACCAACGCCGGGAAGACCUUCACCUUCCUCGGUCCGGACCACGACUCGGGUCUGCUGCCCAGGUCCCUGUCGGUCAUCUUCAACAGCAUCGAAGGCCGCCUGUACGGCCGCUGCGACCUGAAGCCUCAGCGCUGCCGAGACUUCAGCAGACUGACUCCAGACCAGCAGGCGACCGAGAGCAGCAGCAAGAGGAACCUGCUGAGGAUGCUAAAGGAGAGCGACAGAAGCGCGACAACUGGAAGGUCGGCGUUCCUCGAAGGUGAUGUUCAGGUUCCCGGCGGCCAGCAGAGGAGGACGGUCCUGCGUCUGUCUCAGGACGUGAAAGGAAACUCGUUCAUCAAAGACCUGCGUUGGGUCCAGGUGAGCAGUUCGGAGGAGGCGUACAGAGUGAUGAAGAUCGGGAAGAGGAACCAGAGUUUCUCCUCCACCCGCCUGAACCAGCUGUCCAGCAGGAGCCACAGCAUCUUCUCCAUCAGGAUCCUGCGCGUGGAUGACGUCGGUGUUCCCAGAGUCCUCGGCAUCAGCGAACUCGCGCUGUGCGACCUGGCCGGGUCGGAGAGGUGCUCGCGGACGCACAACACCGGCGAGAGGCUGAAGGAGGCAGGGAACAUCAACAGCUCGCUGCUCACGCUUGGAAAGUGCAUCCACGCCAUGAGGCUCAACCAGAACGCCAAGUUUCAGCACCACAUUCCCUUCAGGGAGUCCAAGCUCACACACUUCCUGCAGUUCUUCUUCUGUGGUGCCGGGCGGGUCUCCAUGGUGGUCAACAUCAACCAGAACUCGUCGUGCUUCGACGAGACGCUCAACGUGCUCAAGUUCUCGGCGCUGGCUCAGAAGGUGGUGGUGCUGAACUCGAGGCCGACGGUCCCCGACUGUCCCGGCUCCUCCCAGAGGUCGGCCAUGGAGCUGUCGCUGAUCAUCGACGAGGCAGACUGCCGCAGAAACGUGGCAGGGAGGGGCAGAAAGAGCUCGCUGCUCGCCUGGGAGACGAGCCUGGAGGACGUGCUGGAGGACGAAGAUGGCGAAGAGGGUGAGGAAGAUGGGGAGGAGGAGAGCAUGAUGGAGGGAACGGUCCUGGAGGCAGGAGGCGAGAAUGAGGAGGAGUGGGACGUGACGAUGGAGGAGGACGAGAAGCAGGAGGGCAGGGAGGCGGCGCUGCGUCUCGUUCUCGAGGCUCAGGUCAGAGAAGAAGUCAGCGCUGAGUUCAUGGAGCUCUUUAAAAAGAUGGAGAAGGACUACAGCGACCGCCUGGAGAAGGAGCGGGAGAUCCUGGAGGAGCGGGCGGAGAAGAGGGUGGAGAUCCUGAAGAACCUCGUCAGUAAGACGGUCGACCUGUCUGCUCUUAGCACGGACAGCAACAAGGAGGAGCAGGUGGUGCUGCUGGAGGGAAUCAUCAGCUCCAUGAGUCAAGACCUGGAGAAGAUCAGAGAGGACGCUCAGAGUGUCCACCGCUGUCUGACCGAGCACACACACAGCACAGAGCUGGAGGCGCUGCGACUGGAUAGCCAGCAGUCACGUGACCAACUGCAAGAAGCCGAGAAGCGUCUGGAGCAGCAGCAGCAGGAGGUGUCGAAACUGAUGGAGUUGUGUCGGCAGAAGGACGGCGCCCUUUCCAGGCUCCGGGCAGCCAUGGACGAUGCCGUGGAGGACGCCACCCGAGACAAGCAGCUGGUGGAGUCAAUACGGUCGCAGCUGCUGGAGCUUCAGCAGACCUGCGGCUGCACGAGGAGAGGACAGGAGGAGGAGGGGAGCAGGAAACAUCAGCCUGACCCUGUGGAGGAUGAGAAGCAGCGAGGAGCAAACAGGAGAGUGGUCCUGGAGGAGGAGAUCUGGAGGCUGCAGGAGGAAAAUGACAGAAAGAACGAGGCCAUCGUGGGGCUCAGAGGGAGGGAGGAGGAGCUGCAGCAAGAGAAGGCGAGGCUGGAGGAGGAGCUGAGGAGCCGGGUGGCGGAGGUGGAGGGGCUGAAAAAGGAGCAGGUGCUGCUGGAGGAGCAGCUGCUGGCGCUCAAAAACCUGGACGAGUGUCCAAACUGUGACACUGUGUUGGUGUCUCUGGAGGCGGAGCAGAGGGAGGCGUCCAGACUGCAGAAGGAGAACAAAGCUCUGGUGAACGGGAUCUUCCAGCUGCAGACGGAGGUGACCAGCCUGCAGGUGCAGCUCAAACAGCAGACUGACAGAUCGGACAGCCUAUCAGAGCAGUUCAAAGCCACAAAGACCCGCCUCCACGACCUGGAGCACCAGUCAGAGGAGAAGAACAACUCCAUCAGCAGUCUGACACAGGAACUGGAGCGCCUUCGACAGGAAGUGAAGGAGGAGGAGGGGCAGAGCAGCAGCGUUUUCCACGCCGCCAUGGAGGAGCUGAAGAAGGAGAGCGAGGCGGCGCUCCAGCGCUCUGCUCAGAAAUCCCAACAGAUCGAAGAGCUGCAGACAGACAAGUGGCGGCUGGAGGCGGAGCUUACGCUCAGUGAGAACAGGUGCGCUGAGCUCAGAGAGGAGCUGGCCAAUCAGAGAGCAGAAUUCUCCCACCAGCUGGAGAGCCUGAGGGCGGAGCUCGAUUCAGAAGGCGACGCCCUACAAGCAGCAUUUCAGGACAGCGAGGAGAGGAGGAGGCAGCGGGAGAUGGAGGUGGGAGAGCUGCAGCGAGUCUUGGAUGAGAAGGAGAAAGGUCUGGAAGAAAGCCGCCAACAGGUGGAGACGCUCAGUCGAGAGCUGCAGAGGAGGGAGGAGGAGGAGAACAGGGCCAUGGAGGAGGAGGCGCUGCCUCUGGUGGAAGAGCUGAAGAAGGAGAUCCAGAAACUGCAGGAGAGGAGACAGGAGGAGGAGGAUGGGGGGGGCAAGAAGAUGAAGAGUGGGGAGUGUGAGGCAGUGAUGAAGCAGAGAGACACUCAGGACCUUCGAGACUCUCCUCUUAGGUCCAACAUGGCCGCCAGGAAGAAAACUCCCAGAACCACAGGGAGGAAGAGGAAGAGCUGCGAGCUGGAGGUUUUGGUGCACAGUGAAAACAAGAGGAACAAACCGAGGGGAAACGCCCGUUGCGUUCAGGAGAGAGGAUGCACUCUGCAGAAGAUUGAAGAGGCGAUCCACACCUCACCGUGCGUCCUGGGCAGCAAAGGCUCGUCAGGCCCUGCGGCUCCAGAGCGAACUCACCGUCCCGUCCUCUCUGCAGAUAAAAACAUAAGCUCGGUGGAGAAGGAGGCGGUAACCGUGGCAACCAAACCCCGGCGAGGCCGCAGGAAGCUUUACAAUAUGGACCCGUGGGCGCCGAUGGUGGACUCGCCACACACGACGCCCGGAGCAGCGGCGGAGGAUCGGGAGAGCGACCACAGCAUCAUGAAGAGGAAGCUACGCUCUCAAACCUGCAGGAAGUGACAUCAUGAUCGAUCUUUAAUGUGCGGCAUUCUUCGUCUGUCAUCAGUUUGUUGGUUUGUUUGUUUUUAAUGUUUGGACCUUUAAAAAAAACAGAAACCCACCAGUUCACCUUUGUGAGGCUUUAAAUUUAAGGUGGAAUUGUUUAAGGUGGAUCUCUGUGACUGCUGUGAUGUAAAUAAAGGUGAGCUGAAUCAUG